AUGGCUACAAGAGUGGCACACGUCUCAGGGAUUGAGAUCUACGCUCCCCCUCUGAUAGAAGCAGUAAACGGGACGACGGUAAAACUCAAGUGCACCUUCCGCUCCAGUCAUCCUGUAUCGGCCCAGUCCGUUAGUGUUUCCUGGAACUUCCGUGCUCCGGAUUCUAAAACGGAAGAGUCGGUGUUCUACUAUCAGGAGACAGCGCACCCUCCUCCGAGCGGACGCUUUAAAGGCCACGCGGUGUGGUCAGGGGAUAUUGCCAGGAAUGACGCCUCCAUCACCCUGCAUGAGGUGCCCCCAACAUUUAACGGCACGUACAUUUGCAGCGUGCGAAACCGCCCAGACGUGCAUGGAAAUAACCCAGAAACGGUCCUAAGAGUCGUCGCCCAAGCUUCCUUAUCCGAAAUCAGCAUCCUGGUCAUAGCAGUCGUUGCCAGCUGCGUGUUUAUCCUCAUACUCCUCGGCAUCUUCGUGGCCGUGAAGGUCUACAAGAGGAGGCGGAAGGGCGAAGCCGAGGACGAGGACUUAGAGAUGAACCCAAGGGAGCCUAAACGCAAGGACCCGACCGUGUGUAAACCUGAAGAAGCAGUUCAUCUGACUGUUGUUGAGGAGAAACUGGAAGUUGAUAGCUCUGAUGAUGAAGAGUCCGAGCCCAGCAGUGGAGACGAUGACGAUGAAGACGGCAGUGAGGAAGAGGAUGAUGACGAUGACGACGACGAUGAUGACUAUGACGACGACGAUGAUUGA